AUGUCCUUCCCCCCCCAGUCCAAGUCCAAGCAUGUACUAGUCGUCGGCGGCGGCGAGGUCGCAGCAGGCCGAAUCCUCCACGCCCUCAACGCCGACGCAAGAGUAACAGUCGUCAGUCCAACCUCCGGUCUAAACCCAGAAGUAUCCUACCGCAUCGCCGAAAACCAAGUCACCCACAUCGAUCGCACCUUUGAACCAUCCGACCUCGACAAUGCCGACAUGGUCCUCUGCGCAAUUGAUGAUCCCGAAGCCUCAACCCAAGUUUGGAAACUGUGCAAGGAGCGGCGCAUUCCUGCUAAUAUCGCCGACGUGCCUCCCGAAUGUGACUUUUAUUUUGGCAGUAUUCAUCGCGAUGGGCCGCUUCAGGUUAUGGUUAGUACGAAUGGGAAUGGGCCGAGAUUGGCGGCGAUUGUGAGGAGGAAAAUUGCCGAUGCCUUGCCGGAGAAUAUGGGGGCGGCCAUUGAGAACGUGGGCUCGCUGAGGAAGAUGUUGAGGGCUGUGGCGCCGGAUGCGAAGGAGGGGGCCAAGAGGAUGAAGUGGAUGUCUGCCGUUUGUGAGGAGUGGGAGCUGGAUGAUUUGGUGAAGAUGACGGAGGAGGAUAUGGUGGCAUUGUUGACGCAUUAUGCCGCGGGGGAUGUGCCGCCUUUGGAACAGGUGCGCUUGGAGAGGAUGAAAAUUAAUGAAUAG